AACCGUACCAAACGAUGAACGAGAAAAGAUUCAUCAUCGAGUAAGUGAGGUAGCCGAAACAAAUUUAGUUUAAAAACAGAUUAAAAUUAAUUAAAACGAAAAAAAUGAUCAAAGCAAAAUACCUAAAUAUGCUUAAAAGAACACUUUACUGUUAGAAAACAAGAACACUGUUCGUUAAUCUCCACCUCAUAUUCCUUCUUCUUCUUCUUCUUCUUCAUCUUCAUCUUCAUCUUCCUUAUAAGCCUGUAAAAAUCAGGUUUCCAUAGCCAUAGCUUCAAGCUUCGAAGAAACAGCCCAAUUCGAAAAAAUGGCUUCGAAUUUCACUACUUACCAGGAGAUUAUGACCGCCAAUAACGGCAAUUUCAUCACAUUGUGCAUGAGUUUCCCUCCAAAGGCUAGUUCCAAUGGCAUUUGGGAUUAUGUUUCUGGUUCUUCCGAUACUCUUAGGUCUUCUCCUCUGCCAUUGUUGGAGUGUCAGAUGCUCAUCAUUUUUAUUAUCGUUACGAUCCUUCAUUUCUUCCUCCACUUCUUCGGCAUCCCUGUUUUUGUCUCUCAAAUGAUUGCUGGUUUGAUACUUGGAUCAUCAUGGAAAGGAUACUCAAAUUCAUUUGACAAUUUCAAAGAGUAUCUAUUCCCCAUUGUUUCUCAAGAUAUAUUGGGAUUGCUAUCUGGAUUUGGCUACACACUUUUUAUAUUUCUUGUUGGAGUUAGAAUGGAUUUAAAUGUUGUUAAGAAGUCAGGAAAACAACCCUUGAUAGGUGGUGUUUUAUUAGUAUUAAUCUCUGCAAUAAUUGGCUCAAUCACAGCAUUUAGUUUAUCAAGAGUUGACAACAGAGGUGAACUCAUUAACAUGGAGUUCAUAGCAGCAGCCCAAUCAUUCACUUCAUUUGCUGUUGUUCAUUACCUGCUUGACUAUCUCAAAAUUCUGAAUUCUGAAGUGGGUAGGUUAGCUCUUUCUACUGCAAUUGUAGCUGAUCUAACUAGUUUGAGUAUCUCGUUCAUCGCUACCUUCAUCAGAAGCGUUCAAAUUCAUGGCGUUUUGAACGCUUCUAUGUUUUUCACUUCGACAAUCGGGUCGAUUGUUUUCGUCCUGUUCAUCUUUCGACCUGCAAUGCUUCGGAUUGCUAGAUCCACACCAAAUGGUAGGCCUGUGAAUGAUAUAUACAUAGGCAUCAUUGUUCUUUUGGUAUUUGUAUCUAUUUCAACUAAUAUCACUACAGGACGAUCUGCUUAUUCUGCUCCAUUUAUCUUGGGUUUGGUUGUGCCUGAAGGGCCACCAUUAGGAACCAGCUUAGUGAAUAGACUCGAUGGCAUUAUUACAUCGGUCUUUGUCCCACUCUUUGUCACUAUUAAUGUGAUGAAGGCUGAUCUUUCAUUCCUUAGUUAUAGUACAAAGUUCUUGGCUCGUUCUACGAUCGUGAUAAUAAUGACUACCGUUGCGAAAAUGAUCGCCUCUGUUGGUACUUCUCUGUACUUCAAUAUGUCUUCUUAUGAUGCCUUGGCUUUUGGCUUCAUAAUGAGUAGCAAAGGCAUCAUAGAGCUUGUGGGCAGCUCUUUCUUUUAUGACAGCAAGGCCUUGACUGAUCAGACUUAUUCAGUGAUGGUUAUUGAUAUCUUGUUUUUCUCAACACUGAUGCCUAUGCUUGUGAAAUGUGUAUAUAAUCCUUCAAGGAAGUAUACUCAUUAUAAGAGAAAAAACAUUCUCAAUUUGAAGCUUGACGCUGAGUUGAGAAUAUUAGGAUGUUUUCAUACACAAGAGGAUGCUUCUGUUGUGCUUAAUCUUCUUCAUGCUUUGCACCCGACCGAGGAGUCUCCUGUUUUGUUGUAUGCGCUGCACCUUGUCGAGUUGGUCGGUCGAUCCUCCCCAGUUUUCAUUACACAUGAGCUUCAUGAACAAAAGGGUUCAUCUGAAGAGAUGAUAUCAGAUAAUAUACUUCAAAUGCUUCGAAAGUAUGGAAGGAGUAACGUUGUUUCGAUCGAAGCAUUCACAGCAAUUGCCCCGAAGAGACUAAUGCACGACAACAUAUGUACCGUAGCAAUUAACAAACUUACUUCCCUUGUAAUCCUUCCAUUUCACCGAAGAUGGACACGAGAAGGAAUUGUUGAAUCAGAGGAUAACGCUAUAAGGGCGUUAAAUUGUCAUGUUCUUGAGUUAGCACCGUGUUCGGUGGGAAUCCUCAUCGACCGUGGCUAUCUUUCGAGUUACCAUUCAUUUGAACAUUCAAAUACUUCAUUAUUACAGGUUGCAAUGGUUUUCAUUGGUGGUCAAGACGAUAGGGAAGCGUUUUCUUUGGCUAGACGUAUGAUUAAAGAGAUUAACACAGCUCAACUCACAGUGAUACGCCUACUUGCUGAAGAUGACAACGUUAGCCAUUGGGAAACGGUUCUUGACACCGAGCUGCUUAACGAUGUACGGUAUAGCUUUGUCGGGAGAAAAGCGGUUAGGUACGUGGAAAUGCAAGCUGAUGAAGGGUCAAAUACAGCAGCAAUAAUAAGAAGCAUUGGUGAUUCAUAUGAUCUUGUAAUAGUUGGAAGAAGAGGUGGGGUUGAAUCUCCACAGACAUCAGGUUUAAUGGAAUGGAGUGAGUUUCCUGAGCUUGGAAUUAUUGGUGACAUGCUUGCCUCUGCUGAUUUCCAUUGUAAAGCCUCCACUUUGGUGAUUCAGCAACAACAACAAUGCUCUUUUUACGGGCAAUGAUACUCAUUGCAUCCAUUCUUAUUUCUUGUGCUGUUCUUUUGUUGUAUCAUAGUUUUGGUUGUAACAUAUCUGUUCUUUUUACCCUCUGUAAAUUGUAGUUUUCGAGGCCUCACCUUCGACGUUAAUCCAUUUUCAUUUUUCUCAUAU